AUGUUCAAGUCCAGUUUACUAGCUUUACUUGUCACUUCCCUCUCCCUGUCUCCAUCAGCACUGGCAGUCAAGGGUAGCGUCAAAGUGACGUUCGCCGAUGACACUUAUUCUCAUAUGACUGCUGAUCCCUACGAGAGAGGUCUGGAUGGGGCUUGGAGAGAAUUCCCUUUUGAUAAAGUUGAUACUAGGUCUUUUUAUUGGUAUGGACCAAAGGUGGGAGACUCCACUGAUAGAGCUUGGAGACAAACUUGCGACGUCUCUAUAGAUGAUCAAUUCAACGAAGAUGAGACGAUCAACUUUGAACUCCAAGAUAAGAAAGCCGGGUUCAAAGGUCCGAAAGACAAACAUGCCAAGAUCGUUUGUAAGGAUUCGAUCUGUACUGUUCCCAAUGGAGAGAAAUGUGAAGGAGAUUAUGUGAUUCCCGUCGUUGACUCAGUAAGUUUCGAUUUUCCCUCCCAAGCCAAAUCAAGACUGGCCGAAGGGAUUGUUCAGCUUACACAACAUCUAUUUAUUCAGUCUGUCUGA